AUGAAUGAAGUGGUCGCUUUGAACAAAAAAAUUCAACUCUAUGGAAGCAUUGGAAAUGUGGAUUCUGCUCGUGCAGUGUUUGAUUCCAUAGUGUCCAAAGAUGCAUUUUCCUGGGUGUGCUUGAUAUGCUCAUAUGCCCAAAACGGGUAUCUACGACAUGCAAAAUGGGCCUUCGACAAAAUGCCAUCACCCAAUCUCGUCUCUUACACCGCAAUGCUCAGUGCAUACGCGAGAAACGGUCAAAUCGAUCAGGCCCAAAGUAUUUUUGAUGCAAUGCCACAGCACAAUAUUGUAGCUUGGGACGCAAUCGUAUCAGCAUUGGCCCAGAGCGGGCAUUUUGAAGAGGCGCGGGAGACCGCAGAAAAAAUGCCCGAGCACGGGGCUUUCACUUGGACAUCACUGCUCAACUCCUGUGCCCGCGAGGGCGACCUCGCGGGAGCGCGAGAAAUCUUUGCGGUGAUGCUCGAGCACCAUCUCAUCUCCUGGAAUGCGAUGCUCACUGCGUGCUCGAGGGCCGGGGAGUGUGAGCAGGCGGAGUGUGUCUUUGAUUCCAUGCCGGAGCGAGACCUUGUAUCCUGGAAUGCGAUGAUCACAACAUACUGCCACUGCGAUUCCUUUGCACUCGCCAUGAAAGUUUUUCGCGAGAUGCCCGCGUGUAACAUAAUAUCCUGGAGCACAAUACUUGCCGGAAGUGCUGGAAGUGGACACUUGGAGGAAACAAAAAAAAUCUUUGAGUGCAUGCCCAUGCACAACCUCGUUUCAUGUACCACGAUGCUUGCGGCAUAUUCCCAAGCCGGGCAUCUUUCUCUUGCGAGAAAGUUAUUCGACUCUAUUGCCCACAAAGACGUGGUUGUGUGGACGGCUAUGAUGGCAGCGUACGCUGACAACGGCCAUCUUGACCAGGCAAAACGUUUAUUCGACGAGAUUCCCCGUACAAAUAUCGUGACUUGGAAUAUUCUUCUUGCAGCAUAUGCCGGUGAUGGGCAAAUUGAAGUGUUGAAAUGUUUGUUUGACAAGACGCCAUGCCAAGGAAUAUUCUCUUGGAACUCUCUUUUGUACGGUUAUGCUCGUUCCGGGUAUCUAUCUGACGUAGAGCAAACGUUUCGUUGGAUGCCGGGUUGGAACUUAAUGUCCUGGAAUAUUUUGCUAACGGCAUAUGCCCAGACUGGGCAUCUUUUGGAAUGCGAGGCUUUGUUCCAGGGAAUGAAUAUUCGCGACUCAGUCUCUUGGAACGCUCUUCUUGGCGCUCAAGCCCAAGCCGGGCAAUUGCAACAGUGCAAGAGAACUUUUCUCUCGAUGCCCGAGAGAAGCUUGGUGUCUUGGAACACAAUGCUCACUGCCACCGUCCACAAAGGAGAUCUCUCUCACGCCUUCCAAGCCUUUCAUUCCGCCAAGCUCUUGGAGCUCCCGGACGACAUAAGCUUCGCCUUGAUCCUGGUAGCAUGCAGUAGAACUGGGAAGCUUUUCGAUGGAAGGUCUCUGUUUCUGUCGAUGGUGGUGGAUUUCGGAUUGGAGCCGACGAUGCAGCACUACUGCUGCAUGGUUGAUCUGCUGGGACGCGCUGGCUUCGUCGAGGAUGCGCAGGAGCUCAUCGCCACAAUGCCGUGCCUUCCAAACGCCGCGGUGUGGGGAUGCCUGCUUGGGGCUUGCCGGAGUCAGCAGAGCUCGAAAGUCGGCGCUCGAGCGGCGAAGUUUGUCCAGCAGGACGCUGCGUUUCUGCUGCUUGCCAACAUUUACUCGCUUGACAAGUAG